AUGGUUAAGAUGGGCAUUGGAUAUGAAAAGCUACGAGAAACCAAUCCACUGAUCAUACAUGCAAGCGUCUCUGUAGGAUACGGCGCCAGUGGUCCAUAUUCACAUCGUGCAGGUUGCGACGCCAUUGCCGCAGCCGAAGCAGGCAUGCUACGCAAUCACUGGCGAGCGCGACGGACCCCCAACAUGACCUGGUCUCGGUCUCACCGGGAUACAGGUCGUGGCCAGAGAAUUGAUGCAUCCUUAUUUGAGAGCCAGGUAUGGUUGCCUUCUGAUGUGGCAAUGUCCUGGCUGAAUGCUGGCGAACAUGCGAAGCAUUGGGGUACAGAGCAUCCAAGUAUUGUCCCUUAUCAAGCUAUCAAUACACAGGACGGCCACUUGGUUAUGGGCACUACGGACACCCGCCAGUUUCAAAGCCUUCGCCAUUUGAUGAAGCCAUCGGGCUUGCCGACUGACCCACGGUUUGUUGACAACAGCCCUCGUGUCCAAAAUAGGGCCGAGCUAAAAGGUAUGCAUGAACCAAUCAUAAAUGCUAAGGCGACGGAAGCCUGGCUGGCUGUCUUAGAGGGUAGUGGAUUGCCAUACGGACCUGUGAACACGAUAGAAGAAGUGUUCUCACACCCACAAACAAAUGUGAGGGAUAUGGUCUACAGUCUUCCUCACAAAUCGUCAGUGUCUGAGAAGAUCGGAGUACUAGAUUUGUUCCUCAUCAUGGCCUGA